GUAUUCCUAAGAACCGUUUGCGUUGGCGCCUGGCUGGAGUGUUUUGGUGGGUCAGCUGCUGCAGCCACGGAGCCGGGCGAACCAUGGGCUACGAGGACCACCCAGACGGGAAGGACUGCUUCCAUAAGAUCACAGUAGCAACGAAGUAUACAGGAUUUCUUGGAUUGGUGGCAUCAACUGUAGAUGUAUUGAUGCUAAGCAAGACUCAAGGAUAUGUGCCUACACUUGGUUGUUAUGUCAAGACCACUGUACCAGCUGCAGCUGCUGGGGCCACUUUUGCUGCAGUGACCUGUGCCUCCACCACCAUGAGGGGCAAAGAUGACAAAAUCAAUUACUUCCUUGGAGGGGCAUCAGCUGGUGGGAUCUAUGGAUUCACAACUCGUUCCUUCAGGGUAGGCAUACCACUGGCGUUUCUAUUGGGUGUAGCAGCCACUGUCUACAAGGACUCAAAGGACAAUGGCUGGGAGCUGAUACCCUGCAGUUACAACCGUGAGAUGGGAAUGAUUGAUCCCAGGAAAUAUGAUUUUACACUAACAAAAGAAAGGUAAUUGCAGAUGGAUUGGUACUGAUAUACUAUCUAUGUUAAUAUUCUAGAAUGUAUAAUGGCUCUAAGUUCACCUCUGUAAAAUGCAAAUUUAUUUUAGCCUUAAAGACACUUGCAAGCCAAGUAUAUUGUGUAAAUAAAAGUAUCCAUCAAAAGAA